AUGGCACAGGGCACGCCAGGUACUAUCAGCGCGCCUGCCCCAUAUACUGUAAUCACUCCUGGAGGCAUUUUUGACUUUUUUUAUAACAUCAAUGCCGACUACUGCAAAUCAAGUUACGCAUAUUCGGUAUACCUCGCCACCGAACUCCCUACGUCUAUGUCGCCUUCGAAUCAAUUCAUGAGUGGGUAUUACUUUGGACGAUAUGAUGCGGAAAAUUACCCUGCUGUUCCAUACCCAACUAAUCCUGCGCCUCCCAAUCUAACAAUGCCAAACUUUGCACAGCCACAGGGCGGGUUUGGCGGCGGAAAUCCCGCUACGAAUGCCACAUUCUAUGUAUUAGUUCUGGAAGAGUGGGACGACUGCGAAGGCACUAUCGGUAGAAAAAUUGCAAUGACGGCCAAUCCAAUUAUCUAUAAUGCUACCUCGACUUGA